GCCCCUCGGAGGACAAUGCACCCGGCGUUCGGCCACCCCCGCGCGGUCUCGUCCUCGGCCGCCUCCUUCCCGCCGCCCCCCGCCGCCGCCGCGCGGCUGCAGCCCCUGUUCCUCCGGAGGGGCUCCCCCCGCGGCCGCCGGGGCUCGGGCGACAGCAGCACCACCAGCACCAGCCGCGCGGGAGGCGGGGGCGGCUCUCCCGGCAGCAGCACCGGCGCCGAGCGGGAGGACGACGACGAGAGCGUGAGCAUCAGCAAGCCGCUGGUGCCCGCCGCCGCCGCCGCCGCCGCCGCCGCCGCCGCGGGGCUCUCGGCGCCCCGGGGCCUGGGGGGCGCCCCCGCCGCCGACCCGGCGCCCGCCGCGCUCUCCUCCUCGGGGGUCGCCUCCUCGUCCGCCUCGUCGUCCUCCUCCACGCCCACCUCCUCCUGCAGCAUGACGGCCGCGGACUUCGGCGGGGGCGCGGGGGCCGUCGGGGGUCCCGGGGGGCGCGCGGCGGCGGCGGCGGCGGCGGCGGGCGGCGGCGGGGCGGGCGGCGGCGCCUCCGGCUGCUCGUGCUGCUGCUGCUGCUGCGCCCGGCCGGCCCGGCCGGGUCGCCGGGGUCGGCGCCGCGGCUGCGCCCCCAGCCCCGGCUGCCGCUGGGGUUACCAGGCGCUGUCCGUGGUGCUGCUGCUGGCGCAGGGCGGCCUGCUGGACCUCUAUCUCAUCGCCGUCACCGACCUGUACUGGUGCUCCUGGAUCGCCACCGACCUGGUGGUGGUGGUGGGCUGGGCGAUCUUCUUCGCCAAGAACAGCCGGGGCCGUCGGGGCGGCGCGGCGAGCGGCGCGCACAACCACCACCAGCACCACCACCACGCCGCGGCCCCUCUGCACCUGCCCGCCGCCUCCUCGGGGGCCGCGGCCAAGGCGCGCGGCGGCCGCGGGGGCGCCGGCGGCGCGGGGGGCGGCGUGGGGUCCGGCGCCGCGGCGGGGGAGUUCGCCUUCGCCUACCUGGCCUGGCUCAUCUACUCCAUCGCCUUCACGCCCAAGGUGGUGCUGAUCCUGGGCACGUCCAUCCUGGACCUCAUCGAGCUGCGGGCGCCCUUCGGCACGACGGGCUUCCGCCUGACCAUGGCGCUGUCGGUGCCGCUGCUCUACAGCCUGGUGCGCGCCAUCAGCGAGGCGGGGGCCCCCGGUGGCACGGCGGGACCCCUGCUCCUGCAGCCGCAGCGGCACCGCGCCGCCGGCUGCUUCCUGGGCACGUGCCUGGACCUGCUCGACAGCUUCACCCUGGUGGAGCUGAUGCUCGAAGGCCGCGUGCCGCUCCCCGCACACCUGCGCUACCUGCUCAUCGCCGUCUACUUCCUCACGCUGGCCUCGCCGGUGCUCUGGCUCUACGAGCUCAACGCCUCCCUGGCAACCUCGCCCUGGCGCCCGGCUCCGGGACCCGGCAGCUGCAGCCGCCUUCUGCGCCUGCUGGGUGGCUGCCUGGUGGACGUGCCCCUGCUGGCGCUGCGCGGCCUCCUGGUGGUGAGCUACCAGCAGCCCCUCUCCGUUUUCAUGCUCAAGAACCUCUUCUUCCUUGGGUGCCGGGGCCUGGAGGCGCUGGAGGGCUGUUGGGACCCGGGGAGUCGGACCUCCCCUGGUCGGGCCCGAGGGGGCUAUGGGGCUCCGCCCUCUGCCCCCCCACCCCCUCCUCCGCCGCCUCAGGGAGGCUCCCAGCUGGGCCACUGCAUCUCGGAGAAUGAGGGCGGGACCCACGGCUAUGUCAACACCCUGGUGGUGGCCCCCCAGAAUUGAGUCGAGGAGGGAGCUGGACUCCGUUUGGGGACGGGAUUGCGCCGCUCCU